CCUGCCCGGGGGUGCUGGGGGUCCCUAUCACCCCCAGCCCCAGGUGCCCGUCCCUGGCGCUCCCCUGGCUCCGCGGCGGCCUCCGUCCCGCCUGCUGCCGCCACCCCUGCUCAGUGCCUCGGUGAGGAAGGGGGCUGUGGCCCUCCCCGAAACCUCAGUGCCAGCCCCAGAGGCGGAGAGCAGCCGCCGGAGGUGGGGGGAAGCUGCAGCCCCCCCUCGCUUCCUGCUCCCGCUGCCGCCCAGCCGCAGCGCAAUGUCGUCUGCUCUCCUCCUCCUCCUCCUCCUUCUCCCAGUCCUGGGGACGUUCCCUGAGGGGCCCCUCACUGUCCGGAUGCUGCAAACCAGCAGCUUCUUUGGCUUCAGCUCGUCCGAUGUCGAGGUCCUGGGGCUGCUGGCUGAUGUGGAGGUCACCACCUUGGACUGGAGCAGCCACAAGAUCCACUUCCUCCGCCCGUGGGUCUUCCCGGCCUUGGCCCCGACCGAGUGGGCCGACCUGGAGCUGCUCCUCAACUCCUACCUGGGCAACUUGGCCCACAUGGUGGACCAGAUCGUGCGGCAGAGGACCAUGACGUUCCCCGUGGUGGUGCAGUGCUCCAUGGGCUGCCGAGAGGACGCCGGCAGUGGCUUCUACGACACCGCCUACGACGGGCAGGACUUCGUGAGCUUCACCGCCCGCAACGGCAGCUGGACGCGCCGGCGAGACGACGAGCUGGCGCGCUAUGUCGAGGCAGUGCUCAACCACGACGAGGGGACAUGCGCCACCAUGGUGCAUCUGUUCAACAUCACCUGCAUCAAGGCCCUCCACAGAUUGGCCCAGCAUGGGAAGGAGGAUCUGGAGAGGCAAGUGAAGCCGGUGGCUGUGGUCUUUGCCAAGGUGCCCAACCCUGCGCGCCUGCUGCUUGUCUGCCGCGUCACCGGCUUCUACCCGCGGCCCGUGAGCGUCGCCUGGCUGCGGGAUGGGCAGGAGGUGCCGCCGGGCCCGGAGCUCAGCGCCACGCCGCCGCUGCCCAACGCCGACCUCACCUACCAGCUCCGCAGCGUCCUGGCCGUGGCCCCCCAUGACGGGCACCGCUACGCCUGCCGUGUGCAGCACAGCAGCCUGGGCGGCCGUAGCCUGCUGGUGCCCUGGGCUCCGGGCAGCCCCAAGACCGGCCUGGCAGCUGGGAUCGGUAUUGCCCUGCUGAUCGCCGCCGCAGCCAUCGCCGGGGCUCUUUGGUGGCGGAGACGCAGGAGCUAUGAGGACGUGGACGCGGCCCAGCGCUGGGAUUCCAUCCUCUACUGCCCCGCCGGCAGCCCAGGCUGGCACCUGCCCACACUCCACCUGCAGCCGCGGGGCCGGGCGGCGCCGGACUGAGCCUGCCGGCGGGGCCGAGUGGCGCCGUGAGGGGAGCCGGACGCCACCUGAUGAAAGGCAGUUAAUAAAUUUACCCUUUUUUUUCUUU